AUGCCUACAUGUGACGAGGGUAAUGAACACAGCAGCACACAGUACAUCGAGGCUGUGACCCAAUUUUGCCCCGGAAUCAAGUACAUUGACGGCUUAAAGCAAACCCUAGUGGAUGGCCAAGAAGAAUGCCCCGAUAUGUGGUCAAUCUCGCUGAAAACAUGGCAGGAUUUUAACGCCUCUUGCACAGCACUGAUAGCCUUCAACUGGACGCUCGUACCCUUCGGCGAUCCAUUCUUUCGUGUGUUUGGGGAGCACGUGAAACCCCAACUGACGUCACUGUCACUUACCGCAAAUAUGCGCUGGAGCUACGAGCGCUAUCGCCGCCAUUAUCCUGGCUCUGCAACGAGAGAGGACGAGUGGGAUACCCAUCCAGACUACGGCCACGAGAGUAACAGACGAGCCAAGUUUUACCGAGAAAUUGUAACAUUCCUUAAGCUACUCGCAGAGACAAGUGAGGAAGAAUUGGGCGUGGCGUUGAACCCCGUUUUGAUUCUUACCAACCCGUACAACUCCAAAGUGAGACAGGAUUGGUGUGAGGAAUACAUGCGCGAUGAACUAUUGCCGCUGUUAAGGACUGUUGCUGAAAAUCAUCCGUCGCUGACAAUCCAAGUGCCGAUUGCUGGACGCAGCGGUCACACGUUCUCUCGAAUCAGCAGACUUUGUCUCGGUUGGGGACGAGCUAAAAGCAGCGUCAAUUUCGCAGACGAAAGCGAGGCUAUGAUCGCAGAUUAG